GCGCGGCGCCAUGCGGGGCCCGGGGCUGGGGCUGAGGCUGGCGCUGCUGCUGCUGCUGGGCGCGGCGUGGCUGGCGUGCGGGCAGAACGAGACGGAGCCCAUCGUGCUGGAGGGGAAGUGCCUCGUGGUGUGCGACUCCAACCCCACCUCCGACCCCACCGGCACGGCGCUCGGCAUCUCCGUGCGCUCCGGCAGCGCCAAGGUCGCCUUCUCCGCCAUCCGCAGCACCAACCACGAGCCCUCCGAGAUGAGCAACCGCACCAUGAUCAUCUACUUCGACCAGGUACUAGUGAAUAUCGGCAGCAACUUCGACUCGGAGCGGAGCACUUUUAUCUCGCCCAGGAAAGGCAUUUACAGUUUCAAUUUUCACGUGGUGAAAGUGUACAACAGGCAAACCAUUCAGGUGAGUUUGAUGCUAAAUGGGUGGCCAGUGAUUUCUGCCUUUGCAGGGGACCAAGAUGUGACCCGAGAAGCUGCUAGCAAUGGAGUCCUGAUUCAGAUGGAGAAAGGAGACAGAGCUUAUCUAAAACUGGAGAGAGGAAACUUGAUGGGAGGCUGGAAGUAUUCGACAUUCUCUGGAUUUCUAGUGUUCCCGCUUUAAAUCACUUCUCAUCCAAGAAAAGGGAGACAUCUCUUAUGAAUUCCCAAGUCAUAGCUGGGUUUAAAGAGUCAUGGACAGCAGACUUUUUACAUUCAAAUAUUAAAGAAGCUAAAUCCUGCUUAGGUUUGUGUACAUCUGCUUUGAAGAAUUACUACUUAUUUUUGUUGUGUUGCAGCCAACAGGCGGGAGACACUGUAAUUGAUCAAACCCCCAUUUAUAUUCUUCUCUCUCCUCCCACAAAAUUAGUUCCCAUCUCAGUGUCACUGGUGUAAUCUGCCAUCGUUCCCCCAUGGUUUCUGCCUCACACAAGUAGACUUUAGAUAUUUUCAUUGUCCUUUAGAGCAUAUUUUGUAGUUUUGUUUUUAAAACAUGUUAAUCUUGACUCUUUCUCUGAGUUUAACUUUUAAAAAAAAAAAAAAGGCAAAGUAUUUUUGACUACAUGGAUGCCAUGAUGGAAGGGAAAAUGCAAUUCUUGCUGUGUACUGGCUGGCAAAAGGAAAAAUUUCUACACGAAGAACUAUUCACAGCCAAGGCUGACUAGAGUAUUUCAAUAUUUCUAUGUAAUUCUGAGUGAUUGUGAAAUUAAAGGCUGCUAAAUGUUUUGAUGCUUGUUUUGCUCUUGUACAACGUGGCCCAACUAAACGCCAGGAAGUAUAUUGAACUUUUACUAUUACUCUGUAAUAUAUGUGUGAAUAUCGAAAAUUAAUUUUUGCUUUAAUUCAAUAAAGUUUAAA